CAGACAACACAUCAGAGUUUACCAAGAGUUCAUCAAGUCUGGAUACAGAAACGAUUUAUUCUUAAUCUCAUUUUCAAUUUCAAACAUUUCAAUUGCCUUUUAUUUCAACAACACUGAAGAUGUUUCGCUUGUGUUGUGGGAAGUACUCAACUGCAGUCGUUGAACUGGUGGCAGAGAAGAUCAGAAAUGUCCCUGCUCCCAGCGCUCCCUUUGUCAUCCAGGACAACGACAAUACAGCCCCACUGAGGUAUCGCCUCUUCGGUCGGCCACUGACAAAAACAAAGAAGGAAGGAAAGGAUCAGGAAGAGGACAAGGAAAACGUCACCACAAAGAAGAGCAAGAAGGCCAAGAAGUCACGGCGGUGGCGUUGUUGCAAGAAUAGAUGUCGCGUGUCCCCAGCCCCCCAAGAAGAAGAGACUCCGGAGAAGUCCCAAGAUGAGGUGGUGGCUGUCAAAAGACCGAUGGAGAAAGAGGAGAAACCAGUGAAGGACGAGAGGAUUCCUCAGGCCCUGUCCAUCAAAAUGGAGGAACUCAAUGUGACCACACAGAAGAAGCUCAGGAGUGAACAUAUUAAGUGUCUAGGGUUUCCCAACCCAGCACAGAUAUGUUAUAUUAACUCAAGCCUGCAGAGCCUCCUCACCCUGGAGGACUUUGUAACAGCCAUCAGUCACCAGGAGCAGGUUUGGAGUUUAAUACCUGAAGCAGCAGUCCUAAGAACAUUCAAGAACAUCAGCGAGCAUCACUUCUCCGGUGAUGCUCAGGAGAAACUCCGCCUUCUUGCCGCAUUCAAGAGGGCGGUGGCUCUGUGGGCUCCAGAGUUUGGGGACCAUCAGCAGAAAGACGCCCAUGAGUUCCUGACAGCUGUCCUUGAACAGAUGAGAUACUGGGGCCCACAGCUGCAGGUGCUGACCGCCGGCAUGGGCAUGGCCUACAGCUGUCCAGUAGAAGACCAUCUGAUGUUCAAAAUACAAAACACCAGGACAUGCAAGAGUUGCGGAGCAGGUUCCACCAGAGAGGAAGACUUCACUAAUCUGUCCCUGGACCUUCCACCUGGAGGUGGAACUGUUGAAAAAAUGCUGGAGAAUUACCUGAUGGAGACAGAGUUGGAGUACAGGUGUGAGUGUGGUGCCACCAAGUCAGGCCAGCGCUCAUCAUUCGCCACCCUGCCAAGAGUGCUGGUCCUGCAUUUGAAGCGUUUCCGAUACACUCCAACUUUCCAGCUGGAGAAGAUCCAUGACCCUGUCGAUCUUCAGAGGGAGCUGGUGGUGUCUUCAGGCCAGGCUGGUGCGUGCUACAGUUUGAUCAGCACCAUAAACCACAUCGGCACCACAGCAAGAAGUGGACACUACAUCUGCGACGGAGUGGACCCCGACGUGGGACCGGUGGACCUGACAGACCGCUGGUUCACAUAUAAUGACACAGUGGUCACCCAAACAAGCGGAGUCAAUGUGUGCAACCAGCGGCAACGAUCCUCGUACAUCUUGUUUUAUCGGAGGCAGCCAGAGGACUAGACAGCAGGACAGCGGAUGAGGACCCAGUGGCAGGGACCAGAGGACAAACCACAGGACUUGGACAGAUGACCUGGAGACUGGACAGACGUGUCAAAUGGAGGGAGCUGAAGGACACAGCCCUCAGGAGGAUGGGCCCCCCCCAGAGAGCCAGGUUCCUCCCAAGGUUUCUCCCUCAGAGGGAGUUUUUCCUUGCCACAGUCGCCCAAAAUCACAGCUCUAGUGAGCAGUGACAGGACUAAAUAUUUUAGCUCCAGGUAAAAUUUUUACUGUCCUGUCAUCCUGUACAGUUGAUUUAAUCUUCUCUGUACAGCUAUGGCUUGCUCUCUGGGGAGAUGGUAAGGUGAUGGUAAAGGCCUUUGACAUGUCUAAACUAGGGAUGGGCGAUAUGGACUAAAGUUUAUCACGAUAUUUUCUGUUUUUUAUCGCGAUAACGAUAUAAAUGACCAUUCAACACGUUAUGUGUUAUCACAGUAUUUCCCGUAUGAUGACUGUUGUGGUUAGGGCUGCAACUAAGGAUUAUUUUGGUAGUCAACUAAUCUGGUGAUUAUUUUUCCGAUUAGUCAAUGAUUAUUUCUGAUUAUUUCUGCGAUACUGCCCCCAGCACCUCCUGUACUGCAUUGCAGUAACAAGUGCAGCAACCAGAUUAUCGAGGUCGCUCCUUUUUAGCAAGGCCCUCAUCCUCAGCUUCAAUGCAAGAUAUUAUCUCGGGAUGACUUAUUCUAAUCUUCUAAUGAAGAUUUUUUCCUGGUAUAUCGCCAACGAUAGUAUAUCGCCCAUCUCUAAUUUCCAGAGAUU